AUGAAGCCCCUCAUCGCCGUGCCGGCGGUCACCGCGCUCGUCUACCGCGCCUGGUCCCGCAAGUCCCUCACUCCCGCGGGCCUCGUUGCGGCCGUCCUCACGGCCAUUGUCCACGUCGUCCAUCCGUGGUCGGCGCCUUUCUUCCUGCUGGCAGUGUUUUAUCUCGGCGGGACGAGUGCGACAAAGGUCAAACACGACGUCAAGGCCCAAUUGACUCUGUCCGCCUCGGGCGCGCCCGGCGGUGAAGGCGCGCGGACGCAUAUCCAGGUGCUGGCCAACUCGAUUGUCGCGUCGGUGCUGAUAUUGCUGCAUACACGGUUGUUAUGGUUGCAGCUGUCCUCUCCGUCCUGCUUCUCGUGCGGUGCUGAUGUGGGUGAUUUGUUGGUUGUGGGGAUUGUAGCAAACUACGCCGCCGUCGCAGCGGAUACCUUCUCCUCUGAAUUGGGGAUUCUUUCCAAGUCCAAACCGCGCCUUAUCACCUCCCCCACUUUACGUGUCGUUCCGCCUGGCACCAACGGCGGCGUCACUCCGACGGGUCUGCUGGCGGGGCUUUUUGGCGCCUUUACCAUUGCGGUGACGUCCCUCUUGCUCCUUCCUUUCUGCAGUGAUGGACUAUAUGGAUGGGGACUCAAGGAGCGUGCCCUCUGGGUGGUUGCGGUGACGCUGUGGGGCGGGCUGGGCAGUGUUGUGGACAGUUUUCUUGGAGGGCUGCUCCAGGCCAGUGUGGUGGAUAAGCGGACUGGCAAGAUUGUCGAGGGCAGCGGUGGCCGAAAGGUCCUUAUCCACCCCUCCUCGACAAAAUCUUCUACCACCGUCAACAGCGGUCUGGACCGAGACAGCAGCAGCAUUCGAGCCACCGAGUCGGCCUUCAACACGGCCACGCUGCAAGGGUCUAGAGCGACUGGUUCGUCGGCAGGAUCACGACCGGGCCACGGCGGCCCUUCUGGCACCGAGGGCCAUGAGCGCGAGAGCCGUCGCGUCGAGAGCGGAUAUGACUUGCUGGAUAACAAUGGCGUCAAUGUCUUGAUGGCGGCGAUAAUGAGUGUGGGAGGUAUGGCUGUCGCCAGCUACGUUUGGGAUAUUCCUUUGAGUGAUGUUCUGGCCUAUAUAAUCUAG